AGAGCCCUCCCUGCCAGUCUGGCAACUCCAGCUAAGUCUUCAGAGCUCAUCCCACACACUCCGUGCUAGUCACUGCUGUGUGUUUACAUGAGUAAUGGAGCUGCCGGGGGAGGGGAGUUGUAAGCAGAGCGCUGAGCCUCACGGCUUGCAUUCAGAGGGAAGCUGACAUACAAGUCAAGUCAGACUUCCAGGGACGUGGCCGGGAAGCAGUCACAUGCUGACAUGCUGUAGCUUUCAUGAGCACAGACAUCAUCAGGCAGAUGUUUGUCGACUGGAAUGGCGCCAAAUCUUAAAGGCAGACCACGCAAAAAGAAACCAUGCCCACAGAGAAGAGAUUCAUUCAGUGGUGUUAAAGAUUCAAACAGCAAUUCUGAUGGCAAAGUCAUUGCCAAGGUAAAAUGUGAGGCCAGGUCAGCCUUGACCAAGCCGAAGAAUAACCAUAAUAACUGUAAAAAAGUCUCAAAUGAAGAAAAACCAAAGGUUGCCAUUGGUGACGAGUGUAGAGCGGAUGAGCAGGCCUUCCUGGUGUCACUUUAUAAAUACAUGAAAGAAAGGAAGACACCGAUAGAGCGAAUACCCUAUUUAGGUUUUAAACAGAUUAACCUUUGGACUAUGUUUCAAGCUGCUCAAAAACUGGGAGGAUAUGAAACAAUUACAGCCCGCCGUCAAUGGAAACAUAUUUAUGAUGAAUUAGGCGGUAACCCUGGGAGUACCAGUGCUGCCACCUGCACCCGUCGACAUUAUGAAAGAUUAAUCCUACCAUAUGAAAGGUUUAUUAAAGGAGAGGAAGAUAAGCCCCUGCCUCCAAUCAAACCUCGGAAACAGGAGAACAGUUCACAGGAAAAUGAGAAUAAAACAAAAAUAUCAGGAACCAAACGCAUCAAACAUGAAAUCCCUAAGAACAAGAAAGAAAAAGAGAAUGCCCCAAAGCCCCAGGAUGCAUCAGAGGUUUCAUCAGAGCAAGAGAAAGAGCAAGAGACUUUAAACCAGAAGAGCAUCGCUGAGCCUCUCCCAACAGUAGACAAGAAAAAAAUGGAAGGAUACCAGGAAUUUGCAGCAAGGCCCCUGGCUUCUAGAGCAGACCCAGAAAAGGACAAUGACAAAGAUCCAGGUGCCAACGGUGACAAGGUGGCAGAGGAGCCAGGAGAGAAGGGGCCUACGGCUCCACUCCCCAACGCCCCACCAGUCCCGGAAAGGGAUCCAGCCCUGAUCCCCGGCAAACAAUCACUCACCUCUUCGGGUGCACUUGUGGACUCAAAACAAGAGCCCAACCCCUGCUGCUUUACUGAAAGUCCAGAAAAUGAACUCCAAGAAGUAUCCUUCUCCAGCUUCCCCACCACGCAGCCACCACUGGCAAACCAGAGUGACGUGGAGGAUGACAAGCUGCCCGCGGUAGCAGACUACAUUGCCAACUGCACCGUGAAGGUGGACCAGCUGGGCAGUGACGACAUCCACAAUGCACUGAAGCAGACCCCAAAGGUCCUGGUGGUGCAGUCAUUUGACAUGUUCAAAGACAAAGACCUCACUGGGCCUAUGAAUGAGAACCAUGGACUGAACUACACUCCCCUGCUUUACUCAAGGGGCAACCCAGGCAUCAUGUCCCCACUGGCCAAGAAAAAACUUCUGUCCCAAGUGAGUGGGGCCAGCCUCUCCAGCAGCUACCCCUAUGGCUCCCCACCCCCCUUGAUCAGCAAAAAGAAAUUGAUUGCAAGGGAUGACUUGUGUUCCGGUCUGUCCCAGGCCAACCACGGCCAGAGCACUGACCACAUGGCCAUCAGUCGGCCCUCUGUGAUCCAGCAUGUCCAGAGUUUCAGAAGCAAACCCUCGGAGGAGCGGAAGAGCAUCAAUGACAUCUUUAAGCAUGACAAGCUGAGUCGAUCGGAUCCCCACCGCUGCAGCUUCUCCAAGCAUCAUCUUAGCUCCCUUGCUGACUCCUAUGUCCUGAAGCAAGAAAUCCAGGAGAGCAAAGAGAAGCUGCUAGAGAAAAGGGCCCUCCCCCACUCCCACAUGCCUAGCUUCCUGGCCGAUUUCUACUCGUCCCCUCAUCUCCACAGCCUCUAUAGACACACUGAGCACCAUCUUCACAAUGAACAGACAUCCAAGUAUCCUUGCAGGGACAUGUACAGGGAAUCAGAAAACAGUUCCUUCCCUUCUCACAAACACCAAGAGAAGCUCCAUAUAAAUUAUCUCACGUCUCUUCAUCUGCAAGACAAAAAGUCGGCUGCAGCUGAAGCUCCCACGGAUGAUCAGCCAACGGAUCUGAGCCUCCCCAAGAACCCGCACAAACCCACCGGCAAGGUCCUGGGCCUGGCCCACUCUGCCACGGGGCCCCAGGAGAGCAAAAGCAUUGCCCAGUUCCAGGUCGGCAGUCAGAGUCGAGACUGUCACCCCAAAGCCUGUCGGGUAUCACCCAUGACCAUGUCAGCCGCUAAAAAAUACCCUGAAUCUCUUUCCAGAUCGGGCAAACCUCACCAUGUGAGACUGGAGAGUUUCAGGAAGAUGGAAGGCAUGGUCCACCCUAUCCUGCACCGGAAAAUGAGCCCGCAGAACAUUGGGGCGGCCCGUCCCAUAAAACGCAGCCUGGAGGAUUUGGACCUUGUGAUUGCUGGGAAAAAGGCCCGGGCAGUAUCACCCCUGGACCCCUCCAAAGAGGCAUCUGGGAAGGAGAAGGGCUGUGAGCAUGAGAGCGAAGGAGGCAAGGCACCACACAGUGGACAUUCCGGGGGCACGUCGGAAGGUCACAAGGCCCCCCUUUCUUCCCCCAUUUUCCCAGGUUUGUAUUCCGGGAGCCUGUGUAACUCGGGCCUCAACUCUAGGCUCCCAGCGGGGUAUUCUCAUUCUCUGCAGUACUUGAAAAACCAGACUGUGCUUUCCCCGCUCAUGCAGCCCCUGGCUUUCCACUCGCUCGUGAUGCAAAGAGGGAUUUUCACGUCACCGACAAAUUCUCAACAGCUGUACAGACACUUGGCCGCGGCCACACCUGUAGGAAGUUCGUACGGGGACCUUUUGCACAACAGCAUUUAUCCUUUAGCUGCUAUAAAUCCUCAAGCUGCCUUUCCAUCUUCUCAGCUGUCGUCCGUACACCCCAGUACAAAACUGUAAGCCCGACUCGACCCAGCAUCUGUGUGGCUAGCAAAGCUUCACUCCUUACGCUGGAGUGAUCAGGCUUAUAUAAUUAGAAGUCAGUAUUUCUUCUAAUCUGGGGAUAAGAUUAGACCUGGCCAACAGCGCCGAGAAGAGGGGGUGAGCAUACCUGAUUUUCUGGGAUGACUGUUGGUGGGUCAGUCUUGCCCUUCCGAUAUCUGCCCUGGCACCCAGACCUUUCACUUUGCACUGGGGCGGGGGAGGGGCUUAUGAAGGGGGUUAUGUGCAUCCAGGAAGAACUUAGAGGACCCCAUCUGAGUUCUGAAGGUCAAAAAACAAUCUGAGCAAAAAAAAACAAGGGGGGCAGGCAUUUCAAAGAAGGCGCAAGGAAGACUGGCAGAUACGCCAAGGGAUGCCCCUUCUUUUCAUAAAACUCUCCAAGGUUCAAUCAAUGCAAUGUAUAGUGAAACUUCAAUAGGUCUUUCAUUUUGACACUAUUAAACAAUCCAGAGAAGUAAACACUGUUAAAUUGACUGUAUAUAUUUGCUUCUUAAAACUACCCGUAUCACUGUUUGCUCACCUAAUUUAUAUACAGGUAGUACCAUUUCCUCCCAGUUCCUCCGUGUUUUUUUUUUUUUUUUAUUGAACAGGAUUGCUUUUGUUUGCAGGUCUUUUUGUUUUUGUUUUUGUUUUGUUCAAAGGCUGACUGACUGUCCUAGUUGUUGAUGUGUGUUUGUAAUUUUUCCACAUCUUAUCAUUUUGAGCAGCUUUGGGUGGAAAAGUUAUUGUUUACAAAUUGAAGCAACUGAUUCUAGUGGAACAAAUGAUAAAGAAACAGUUGAGCGCACAAUAGUGCAAAGAACUUUCCUUUGCAGAUUCACAACUUAAGGAUUUUGUUCCUCACAAAUGGCAUAGUUAAAGAGCUUAUACACUGCUUACCCAGCCAGAUGCUUUGCUUUGAAGUAUUGGGUUAUGUGAAAAUAUCAAGCAUUGUACUCACCUUAUCUAGGCUGUGAAACUGUCCUACAUACCAGAGGAAUCAUAAAAACAAAAAUUUCAUUGGCAGCAAGCUGCUGAAUAACAACCGAGUCUAGAGGACAUAUUUGUGGGCUGCACAGAUAUUUUAGGAAUUUCAGAAAUUAGAACAGGAGCCAAAAUGAUUUACAUUGGUGUUGGCUCUGGUCCUCCCUAACAGUCUGGAAAAUGGGGUUGAGACAAGGAUGGAGCUCAACUAUCCAACAGCAGAUGAGCAGCUGGAGGCCUGGACACCAGAUACCUUUCCUGGGCUGAGGUCUUUUGAGUCAUAUAAGUAGAUAUGUUGCCUUCAUCAAGUUGGUUUCUUGUCGUUCCCAAGGAGACCUCCUAAGCAACAUCUUUGGGGACAAUUGGCUUACUGAAUUACCAAUUUCAAAAGAAAGUCAUCCUUUGGGACUUGUGGGCUGUGCAUUCUGUGUAUGUGUAAGCACCUGUGGUGGUUUGUCUCAUGUUUGGAACCACCUGACUAUCCAGUCCACUUUAUAUAUAUAUAUAUAUAUUUUUUUUUUUAUUGUGGGAAAGAGAUGGUCAAGCUGUACAAGCAGUCAAAUGGUGUAGAGAAUGUUUACUGUCAUUCUUGCCACUUUAUUCCAUUUGCUGCCAAGGUAUAACAUCAAAGUAGAUGCAUUUGCUAAGCAUGGUAAAAAUCAAUCAAUACAGAGAGUGGAUUUUCUGUCCAAGUCCCAUCCCUGCUAAGACUGCUUUGAUGAACUCCCUUGCCAACCCCCUCCCCAACACUACCAGUAGAUAUUAGAACCAUAGUUAACCAAGUCUCUUACCUCUGAAAUAUUUAAUUCUAUGAAAAUUGGUGACAAUUUUCAACUUCUAAAUAGGUAACUCAACUGCAAAAUAAGCAAAACUGGUAACAGUGAAACUGCGACUCUUAAGCCAUGCAUGCUGUGCAUUUGUAUUGAAAUGUCUCCAUGAUACGAAGCCAAAUAUUCAAUGUAACAUACUUAAUAUCCAAAGGUGGAAACAAAAGAAUGUAGAGAUCUAGUGUUAAGAGUUCCAUUUGCUUCAAUUAAUUAUUUACCUUCCUGUGGAAUAAUAUAUAUAUAUAUAUAUAUAUUUAAUAGAACCAUAGAUAGACUAGUAGAAUUUAGAUUAUAAAUGUGUGAAUGCAGAUUAUCCUGCUAUUGCACAAGAUAGAGGGGGAAAAAAAUCUCAAUUCCAGCUGGCAAAAUGCUGGCCAGGACACUUUUAAGAAAGUUGCACUAGACUGAAUGGUCACAGAAUCAGAGGACAUGGAAGACAAAGGAAACUCCAGUGGUUCAGCAGCAGACAUGGGCUAGAUCGUACAUAGUUUCUAUGAGUUCCUUUCUCAGAGAAAAUGGGGGUCACUGCCCCUCGAGGAGCUCACCUAUCCUUUUCGAAUUGGGGCAUUUGUUUUCCCCACCGCAAUAAUUUCAGUCUGGUUGCAUCAUGUUGGAAUUCGAUCACACCAUUUUCAAACAAUGUUAACAUAGUCCAGCUUUUGUUUUUCUCACUGUUUCUGUCUGAGGAAGCUCAUACCCUCAGCAAAACAUCAGGACAAAUAAAGAGAAAUGGGGGUAUACAUUCCCAACAGAAGCUGUGUGUUAUUUGUUUUAAAACUCAAACAGAGAUCUUGGAAAUCUUUCAAAAAGACCAUUGAAUUCUUCAUUGGCUGAGAACUACAUUUUAAAAAGUCUUAAAUAAGGCUUUGUUUGCAUUGUUUGAGUUCAAGGGGCCUUAUUAUUGAAUGGAAUUGCACAAGCCUUUCUUUGUGCAAUCAAACCAUUGUUAUUGGUAGUUUUGUAAAGGAAACUGUGGAAUCUAAUUGGCAACGGAGUCAUAAAUCUAUUUACUGAGUGUGGCUUCCAAGAAGUGUUGCAAUUCAAAAUGCACUAAGUCCGUGAUUUACUGGAGAUUCUAAAUAAUAUUUUUGAAAAACCUCUCCGUGUAACUUCUGGUUUAACUUUUGGCAACUCAAUAUUAAAAAACAGCCCAACUGAAUUAAGUAUUCUCCUAGUAAGUGAUUCAAACUUGUACUAUUUGCCACAGGACUGACUUAUUUAUUAACUAGCUAGAAGCUCUUAAGUUCACUUGUUUAUCAGGGCAUAUACAGAAGGGUUUGUUAAAACUCAAUGUUGACUUUACAACUUUCUGACCUGGUGCAUGAAUUCUCAAGUACUGUAUUUCACUGUGUUGGUGUGUCUGAUGGAAAUUUCAAGGUGAUCCCACAAAACUAUUUUAUGUAGUGUGCCUUCAAAGAGAACCAUUUAUUUCUCUUCACUGUUGUCCCACAAAGUCACAUUUGGUGGUGGUCAGCCAAGUCCCAUCUGGUCUAGUUUUACUCUUGUCCCAAUUUUAAAGAUAAAUGGGAACAAGUUUGCCCUGGUGAGACCCACACCAUUGCAAUGAUUAUCUUGAGCACUUAAAUUCCAGUGUUGGCUGUUGAUGUAUUUGAUACUCUGCCUGUCUCCCCAUGGUUGAAAUAUGUCUGAAGAAUAGCAGCAUAAUCUCUUGGCUGUUUAUACUUUUUUAAACUUUCCUGUGUUGUAAAUAUUGUAUACUUUUGGUGAUUCCAGCUAUGUAACCUCUAUGCUCUGUAAGGUGAUUAUUUGUAUAUAGCAACAUGGCCCAGUGAUAUUAUAUAGUUUCCCAAUGGAGAGGUUAUUGAGUAACCUUUGCAUUAGUUUAAACACUACCAGAAGAAUGCUGAGCCAACUAUAAACACUCAAUUUUGUAUGUUUUCCAAAUUGUACUUAUUACUGCUUUUGAUACUGUAUUACGUGCCAAUAGUUUCCCAAUCACAUAGCAGGCAAGAGAUAUUUUGUACUUUUUGAUCCACUGUAAUAUUUAAUAAAAAAUGUUACUAUCUGUU